UGAAAACUAGCAGUAGCCUCCGCUAGGGCUCCGAGGCUGCCGUCGUCCGCAGCCUGCCUCGCCGGAAGGCUGGAGCGAGCGUGGAAAACCCUGGUGACUUCUGCAUCACCGGACCGCUGGCUUUCUGUUGCCGACUUUAAAAAAAGUAAAUAAACGGACUGUAGCUACUGGACCACUUCAGGUUUUAGCCUGCGCAGACCACAGUCGUGGCAAGAGGUUUUGCGAGCGACGGAUUCAUUGCGAGAGAAAAGAACAAGACAUGAUGGGCCCUGUUCUACUGCUACUACUAUUUUUCACUCCUGCCUUGAGCAUUAUUGAAGGAAUAGACAUUGAACAAGAUUUCAGCUGGCAAUUAAAAAAAGUGCCACAGAUUGUAAAGCAAAAGACUUUCUCUCUUGACACUCCUAAAUUUGAAGCUAAUGUCAAGUUAGAGUUGAGUGGAGUAUGCGGAAUUGAGUGCCAAAGGACACUCCCAUUGCCACACUUGGCUGACCUGAAGGAGCUGCUCUCCUAUGAGACUAUCUUUGAAAAUGGCACCAGGACCUUGACUGAAGUGAACAUCUUGGGGCUCGACACAGAAGGCAAUGCCACCACCACCACCUCCACCACAAAAGUGCUGUCUAGGAGAAAGAGACAGGUCUAUGGCACAGACAGCCGAUUCAGCAUCUCAGACUUGCGAUUCCUGACCAAUUUCCCUUUUAACACAGCCGUAAAGAUUUCCACAGGCUGCAGUGGCAUCCUGAUUUCCCCAAAGCAUGUGCUCACUGCUGCUCACUGUGUGCAUGAUGGUACUGAUUAUAUCAGAGGCAGUAAAAAGCUGAGAGUGGGUUUGUUAAAGAUGAAGUCCAAAGGCAAUGGCAAGAGGCGCAGGGGUGCCCAGAGAAACACAAGAGAGAUAUCAGAAGUAGAGAAUCACCAAGACCUGAAGCAGAGAUCCAGGAAAAGUCGAACUGGAAGAAAACAAAAGGACUCUGGAGCAAAUAAAAAGAAAGAAUCUGACAAUAAGCCCUCUUUCCAGUGGACCAGAGUUAAAAGCACUCAAAUCCCCAAAGGCUGGUUGAAGGGUCUAACUGGAGAUGUUGCAGUUGAUUACGACUAUGCUGUUCUGGAGCUCAAGCGUCCCCACAAGAAGAAAUACAUGGAGCUAGGCAUCAGCCCCACUAGUAAAAUGAUGCCUGGAAGCAUGAUUCAUUUUUCUGGAUAUGAUGCUGAUCGAGCUGGGCAGCUAGUCUAUCGGUUUUGCAGCAUAUCAGAUGAAUCCAGUGAUCUAUUCUACCAAUAUUGUGAUGCUGAGCCUGGCUCCACUGGAUCAGGAAUCUACCUGCGCCUUAAAGAACCAAACAAGAAAAAGUGGAGGCGCAAAAUUAUUGCCAUUUACUCUGGUCAUCAGUGGGUGGACAUCAAUGGAGAACAGCAGGAUUACAAUGUUGCAGUUCGAAUUACUCCCCUCAAAUAUGCCCAGAUUUGCCUGUGGAUACAUGGGAACAAUGAGAACUGUUCACAGGGCUGAUGACAGCCAACACAGGAUCCCCUGGUCUCCAACAGUAGUGAAGACGCACAGCAGUAAAUGCCAAAUGUGCAGUGACUUGGGUCUGAUUCUAUUUGAACUUGAAACCAGCAGGUGCCUUUUGAUAUACUGAGAGAUUGAAAACAUGUACGCAGCAUUAGCACUUAAAACUGGGUUGUUUAAAUUGACCAUAGAUGUGAGGUGCACUCAAAAUCUCAAAUUGUAUUACUGUAUUUAUUGUUUUUACAUUGUGAUAAAUUUGAGUAAUUCAUAUUAUAGGCAAAAGAAAACAAUGGCUCCUUCUCUUUGCUUACAUUUUUAAAAUGAAGCAUCUUCUCUUAUAACUGGUACUAUUAAAAU